AUAAAUUUUAAAAACCAAAACAUUCAAGUACAAUAGAAAGUCUUAACACGUUGUUGAAGACUCAGAACUUGAGAGCUAUGUAGAAUAGUUCAAGACUAAUUUUGGUCUGGGUCAGUUUCCUUCAAUAUUAGAAGCUUCAAGACAAACUUAAAGAUCAAAACGAAGAUGGAAUCAAAGAAAUUACAACGUCCCAGAGAGUUGGAUAGCUUCUUAGGACCCAAAAACAGCAAGUCCCAGUGGCUUCAAGAUAAUCUUGAAGAGAUGAACUGGAAUUUUAGAAGGAUGUUGAAAAUCAUUGAAGAUUCAAAUGCAGAGUCAUUUGCUAAAAAGGUGGAAAUGUAUCAUCAGAGUAGACAAGAAUUAAUCGACCUUGUUUAUAAGUGCUACCGCAUACAUCGUUCAUUGGCUAAGCGCCAUAAUCAUGCGACAGGAGAGCCUCUGAUCAAUAUUCCUAAUUUAGAUGUUAUUCCAUCACAAGGCAGUGACAUUAUCAUAUCCAAUGUUAGUUCAGGAAAAAGCUCUGCAAUACAAUCCCGGCCUCUUUUAUCUAAAUCCCCUAGCUCUAAGCAGAUAAAUGCUCCUGAGUGCUCAGUCUCUAAGCAACUAAAACGCCGUGUCUCUGUUAAAAGUCCGAAUGUACCUAAAGCUUACCCGUGCACUUAUUUUGAAGUGCUUGAACGUCCAAAGGAACCUGAAGGUCCAAAAGAACCUGAACGUCCAACGUGCUAUUCUGUUAAAGAGCCUGAACGUCCGAAGAAACCAGGGUAUCUCAAGUGCUACGUGGAAUCUCAGAGUGAUGAUGACGAUGACUAUGAUGAUGAUGAUGAAGAGUUGCAACAUGAGGGGACUGAUGAGUUGGAGGCUGAGCUAUGCGAUAUGAUAGAGAAACUUUACAUACAGAUGGAAGGGGAUCGAGUUGUUUCAAUGUUGCAGGGUGGAAUUUCGAGCUAUGAAGAUAAUGCGCAUGACGAUGAUGAGGAAUUUAGACAAGUGAGAGAGUCAAGACCAUCAAAUGUGGACAAGGCGUUAUUAGAAGAAAACUUGGAGCUUCAAGCUGAAAUUUUCAGACUCGAGAAGGAUAUAUCAUCUUUGGAGGAAUAUAAUGAAGAAUCAAAUAAACGCUGCCAAUCAUUAAUAGAUGAGGUUCUUAAUCAAGCUAUAGAAGAGAGAAUAGAAGCAGAGACUUUGUUUGCAUCGGAAGUUGAGCAACUAUUGGCAAGCAUUGUCAAGAAGAACAAUGAUGUCGAAGAAUUGAACAAAAUCCUUGAAGCAGCAGAAGCAGAGAGAGAUCAGUUGAAAGCCAGACUUGCAAUGCUUGAAGCCUAAGUCGUAAAGAAGAUCAAAUGAACAAGCGUUUUGUUUACAGCCUUCAUUGGUCCUCCAGUAUUACAGCCACUCUUUCUCCUCUACUAUUAUUUACUAAUUUUGUUUCCACGUUCAACUUUCCUUUUGUUCAAUGCUGCACCUGUUUGCUAGUAAUGACAUAAUAGCAUUCUACUUUCACUGGAAAAA